UUUGUUACGCUUGUUUCUUUCUCCUUUUCUUUCCUCCUUCCUUUUCUUUCUUCGAUAGAAUGCUGGGAAGUGAGAACCUAUCUUUUCUUCUCUCUCCUCCCGUCUUUCCUCUGCCAUUUAUCAUCUUCUUCCUCCUUUCUCCUGAUUUUUCGAUUUCUCCUCCCUCUUUCUACAUCGUAUCUUUUUCUCUCUCCUCCGAGCAGCUUCUCGUCUGCUACUUCCGACGAUUGUUGUAGCAACUGCUAUCCUUUUUCCCGGCUUGUCUUGGUUUACAUGUCCAAGGUGGAUGGAAAAUUCAAUUUUAGUCCAGUCGCUGUCAACUUCUUGACUGAGAUUAUGAAGGUUAUCUUUGCAAUUGUUAUGCUUUUGAUUCAGGAAUGCUGAGCCUGUUGAAAGCCUGAAGAAUGCACACACAUUGUUUCUUGAGAGGAUGCCAGUUGUACAUAAUGAGGCAUGCGUGUUCUAUUCAUCAGGUGUGCUGUAAUAAUUAUUACCUUUUGAUAAGCCUGAAGUUGACAAUCAAAGAAGCCUAGAAAAUGGCGAAAUCCUGUGGGGAUGAGGAAAGAGUGAUUAUCUUGUCUAAAAUGUUGGACGAGUUUGAUUAUUUGCAAUCGGAGAUAUGUUUGGAUGAGAAAAAUAGUGAUAGAUUUGAAAGUCGUAUGUCAGAGGAGGACAAAUUAGCGGCGGUAGGGAAUGGUCUCCCUUUUACUGCAACAUUUAGAGAUAAAGAGUAUGAAUUCAAAUAUACAAGACGUAAGGGGUAUGCUAUUGUUGAAUUUGACUUGGCUAGAAUGGUCCAACACCAUCCAGUAACCAUUGGCAAACGCUUUCUUAUGAUUUCGAUGCCCAACUCUUGCUACCAAUUCUUCGUAAUUCCGGAGAAUAUCACGGGGUCUGUUGUUGUUGCUGAUUCCGGAAAACCAAUCUUCCGAGUUGGACUCAUACCAAAUAAUGUGAAGAUGGUGUUUAUUGGAAAGAAAACGAUAGAUGAUGAUGAUGAUGAUGAUGAUGCCUAUGUUGUUGAAAAGGGAACAACGGGUAAUGGUAAUGGUAAUGGUAAUGGUAAUGGUAAUGGUAAUGGUAAUGGUAAUGGUAAUGGUAAUGGCAAUGGCAAUGGCAAUGGUAAUGGUAUUUAUUUUGGAGAAAAGUGUUAUGAUGAGGAAUGUGGUGUUGAUCUUGUUAGAUAUUCUGCCCAACGUGAUUUUAGUUGUGUGAGAUUCGAUGCGUGCAAAGUUGUUCUUGUUCCUAAACUAUGUUCCAUCUCUAAAGUUGAAGUUGAGAUGUUAAAGAGUUAUCUGGAUAGCAAUCGUUCGGUGAUUAUAAUUUCGCAGUCAGGGAUAUGGGAAGCAGCUCUGCGUACUCUUGCUUACCAGCUUGUUGGUGAUUUAGUCAGUGUGGUUGCUGUAAAAACUGAUUUCAGACCAUGUCUAACCGACAUCCCUUUAACCACAAGUGCUUUGGUCAGUGAAGAUGGUCUCAAGUCUGGUCGGACAGGUUUUGUCUUCAGUGCCAUAUUAUCCCAAACGUCACUUAUUCUAAACAACAAAUGAUUCUUCACAAAACUAUGGAUGUUUUUGUUUUUUGUUGAAAUAAUAUUCUAAGCAAUGCUAUGAAUAUAUUUCUCUCGA